GAAGCUGACGCGGAAAUCUGAAACAGCUUGGUUUUUUUUUUUUUUACAACACCCGGCAUGUAAAUAACACUUUGGUGCGCUUUGCAUUCAUAACGCUUUUUAGAUUUAAUGCUGAUAAAUAUGUGUUAGAACAGUGCGGCACUUUCAUAUCAGUUGAAAGCCUGUUAAGAGUCGCUGAAGCGUGUGUCCUGAUAUGAAACUGUGUGUGAAUUGACAGGCAGAGAUGCUGUCUAAUGGUCCAAAGCUGCAGCUAUUGCAGCUAUUGUCUUGUAUAACUCUUGCUUUACUUGUUCAUGUCACUGAAGCUAAGAGGGAUUUAAAAAGCAGCUGUUCAACAUGUAAGCAAAUGACCGACAACUUCGAAAAGGGGUUUGACAGAACAGUAAAGCAGAACUUUGGUGGAGGCAACACAGCCUGGGAGGAGAGAAAGCUGUCUAAAUAUGAGACCAGUGAGAUUCGUCUUGUGGAGAUCCUGGAGGGGCUGUGUGAAAGCAGCAGCUUCGAAUGCAACCAUAUGCUAGAAGAAAACGAAGAGCAUUUUGAGACGUGGUGGUUCAAAAGGAAAACAAAACAUCCUGACUUGCAUAAAUGGUUCUGCAUUGAGACCAUCAAAGUGUGCUGUCCAAAAGGAACAUUUGGACCGGACUGCAAUGCCUGUGUGGGAGGCUCUGAGACUCCCUGUCAUGGAAACGGACAGUGUGAUGGUGAUGGAACUCGUGGAGGAAACGGACAGUGCAGCUGUGACCAUGGUUACAAAGGGGACUUCUGCCUGGACUGCAUCGAAGGCUACUUCAACGAAGAGAGGAAUGACACAGCCUCUCUGUGCACAGAAUGCCACUCCUCCUGCAAAACCUGCACUGGAGCAACGCAUCAGGACUGUGAUGAGUGCAAAGACGGCUGGGAGGAGGAUGACCAGGAAGCUUGUGUUGAUGUAAACGAGUGCUCCAAAGACGUUUCUCCAUGUGAAGAAGAUCAAUACUGCCUCAACACAGAUGGCUCCUACUCCUGCAAGGCCUGCAACAAAGAGUGUUCUGGCUGCACUGGAGAAGGUCCUGAUAAUUGCAAAGCUUGUGCCAGUGGGUUCGAAGAAACAGAGGGCUCCUGCACAGAUAUUGACGAGUGCUCGCAGCCAGAGUCAGUAUGCACUGAAGAGAACCAGGAGUGUCUUAACACCAAAGGCAGCUACUCCUGCAUCUGCUCGGUAGGAUUCGAGGAGCUAGACGGCAAGUGCGUCCAAACGCCACAACCAGGCACAGAGGAGGACUCUGCUUCUGAGACAGACACAAGUCCACACAAGGAGCUUUGAUGUAAAAAGUGGGACCAAUGGGAGCAAAUCGGGAAGAUGGGUUGAACACAUUUUAAAAUUUCCCACCACAUGCACUUAAUGUACCAGCUGAACUUGGAACCAACUGAAGCAGUCCAGACAUUGACAUCCAGAUGUGGAUCAUGGAUUAAAGGACAAGAAGAGACAUUUUAUGCUCUGAGUAUGCAGGCCAUUGUCGCUUUUCUCUGGUGUGCUCCAAAAACCACUUGUCUUUAUUUGUUGUACGGUUUUAAAAAUCGCAAGUGUUUCAAUAAAAGUGAAUUAUGCUGAAUUUAUCAAACCUA